GCCGCGCGCCGGCCUGCACGCCGCCGCGCUGCGCGUGCUCAGCUCCACGGCCGUCAUCAGGCAUCUGCACGUGCUCGCCGACUCGCUGCUCUUCAAGCCAGAACAUCUCACCAUCGAGGCUCACGAGAAGGACUACGACAUCUGCGAGGACGGCGAGGCGGCGUGCGCCUACUACGUGCACCUCGGCACCGCCUUCCCGCACCGCGCGCUCGGACAGAGCGUGCAGCUCAUCAACCACAGUCCAGUGGUGUACUCAUACUACUGGAGCGUACGUCCGUGGGGCGUGUGCUCGUGCUGGGAGGAGGAGCGCGCUACGGACCCCUCGCUGGGGCCCGAGGACGACCCCGAGCGGCUCUGCGUGGGAGCCCGCGAGGCGCGCGUCAUCGCGCAAGAGGUCAGCCCCGCCACGUCCCCACACAUACAUUACAGCCGCAACCUUCUCUAAUGAAACUACCACGCAAAUAUCUUUUAUAUGGGAAAACCUCAAUUGUCUUCAAAUCUUAGUGGCUGUUUUCUACAUAAAACGGACAAAAAGUAUUAUUUUAACCAAACCGGCGACUUCAAAACUUUUAUACUAACAAAAGAACUUUAAAGCUUUACAAAUAAUAAAGAACAAAAAAUAGUUUCACUAUUCAAUGAACCUCAAGUUGAGAAUGUUCGAGGCCGAGCGACGACGUAAAAGGAGAGAUGUCACAAAGCUAUACUCAAAGGCGACAGAUUAAGAUAUUCCUGGAAAAUCUAAAUAAAUGAUUCAUUGCAAAAGUUUGGAUCACGCAGUUUUUUCUGGAAUCAAGACAUUUUUGUUGCUAACUAUUGAAUUGGUAGGUAAUGUAAAUGGGAAUACUUUUUCCUGAAACUCAAUUCAUGUUGGUUAUUUUAUCUUUGCUGACUCAGAUUUCUAUUCAGCAAAAUAUUGUUAUGUCUUCUACUGCGACCUGUAUAUGGGAAUUACUUUGGUACUUCAUUUGGAAGAACCUUAAAAAUAUAAACUACUUCAUGGAAAAAAUAUUAAUUAAUAUUGAUUCUUUGUGAUCCUGACGGUACAGAAGCCGGAUGCAUACGCGAGCCGCGACGUGAACGUGCGGCUGGUGCAAGUGGAGCCGUCGCGCGGACAGAUCCUGCCGCGCUCCACGUCCGCGCUGCACGUGCUCGUGCCCGACGUGGGCGCGCGCUACGGCGUGCAGCGCGCCGUGCUCAUGUUGAUACUGAAGGACAUACCGAAGACAAGUUUCCCCCCGGACUACGAGCCCAUGAUCGUAACCACUGAGGUGGUGGAGUCUGAAGCUAUCCCCGGCCUCGAGAGCGUGGUGCGCGAGGUGUGCGAGGUGGUGGUGGCUCAGAUGGAGGUCUGGUGGGAGGUGGUGCCCUUGCGAUUCGUGCUGGACCCUCCCGUGUUGCCGCUCUAUCACUCUAGGAGAGUGCAGUCGGUGCUGGUGGAGAUCUCUGCGACCCAGCUGUUCGGGUGCGAGGGCGCGCGCGGCGCGUGGCUGACGCCGGCGCACGUGCCCGCGCCGCCGCGCCUGCGCCUCGCGCCCGGCAUGCCCGCCGUCACUGAGGUCGCGCUGCCGCUGCCCAGCUUGCCCAACCACUUCCCGGAGACCGACGUCAUCACGCUGGUGGCCGCAAAGGACGAGUGGCGCUCGCAGUGCUCGAUAAUUCGUCAGUGCGCGACGCGGCAGCCGUCGCUGCGGCCGGGGCGCGCCUGGCUCGGCGUGGUCGCGCCCGGCGCGCGCAUGCGCACCACCUUCCAGCUCUUCAACGACACGCACCAGCACAUCUGCUGGUGGGCGGAGGCGUACCGCUGGUGGGGCGAGCACGAGCCCAGCGCGGCGUGUCGCGGCCGCCCGCCGUGCGAGCGCUGUCGCGAGCGCGCCUGCUCCUGCGGCCUGCUCAAGCCGGCGCGCGGCGCGCUGCCGCACGCGCACUGUGCUGAGAUCCGAUACGAUGUCAACGCUCCCGAGUGCGACGGGUACGUGGCGACGCUGGUGCAGACGCGGCGCACGGCGGCGGACGUGGCGCGCGUGCCGGGCGGCGCGGGCUGCGAGGCGCGCGCCGCGCUCGUCGCCUACCGCGUGCUGGCGCCGCGCCUGCUGCUGCGCGUGCUGCCCUGCGCGCCCGCCGCCGCGCCCGACGCGCCCGCCGCCGACUGCGCGGGCUGCAGGCUGGACGGCGGCGCGGCGCGCAGCGCGCACGGCUCGGCCACGCUGCGGCCGGCGCGCGCGCUGGCGCUGGGCCGCCGCACCUGCUACCGGCUGCGGCUCACCAACAUCACGCCGCUGCCCACCGCCGUGCACUUCGACACUGACAUGGACUCGAUGGACGUGCUGAAGGUGAAGUUCAUCCCCAACGACUUCAGCGUGCGCGCGUACGGCGAGAUGGAAGUACGGGUGGUGCUGGACGCGCGGCGCGUGUGCGGGCGCCGGCUGUUCGUGUACCGCGCGCGCGUGGAGCGCGCCUACCGCCCGCUCUACCUCGUCGUGGACACCGCCAUCGAGGGGCUGCGCGUGUCGGUGCAGGUGCCGCUCGGCGGCGCGCUGCACACCGACUCCUUCGUCAUCAUGCGCCGCACGCAGCGAGAAGAGUUCCCGUGGCAUCGGCGGCGUCCGCGCGCGUCCACACCCGAGGAGAUGUUCCUGGCGGAGGACUACAAGCGCGCCAUCAACACAGAGAACAUAUGCGACUGCAAGUUCGAGAUGGUGUACGUCGAGCCGACGCCGGCGCAGGAGCGCGCCAAGCCCGGCGACGAGGACGAGUACGUGCCCGUCGACAUCGUGACGAGCCCGCCGCCGCUGGCGCGCGUGUGCGCAUGCGCGAGCUGCACCAAGCCCGUGCUGCCCGAGCUGGCGGACCCUAUCUGCCUGCAGUUCGCCGCGCUGCCGCUCAACACCGUGCGCACGCGCAUCCUGACGCUGCGCAACGAGUCGGUGGUGACUGCGCACUGGAGCAGCGCUGUGCGCAACUGGCCGCGAAUGCGCAACAGGAAGCUCGCCUCAGAGCAGUGGCACGGCGACGUGCCGGCGCCCGGCGUGGCCGUGCAGUGCACGCCUGCGGGCGGCGUGCUGGCCGCGCACGCUGAGGUGCGCGUGCACGUGCGCGUGCUCGCCGACUGCUGGGGGCUCUACCACGACCAGCUCCUUAUCCAGGUGGAGAGCGUGGAGCCGCUGGUGCUGGACGUGUGGGUGGAGGCGCUGGGCCCGCCGCUGCAGCUCGCGCUGCGCCCCGCCGACCACUACCUCGACGUGCCGCCCACCCUCUGGAUGUCAGAAUCGGACCCGAAGCGCGUUCUGCGCGCGCGCAACGUGUCGCGCAGCGAGCUCGUCGUGCAGGUGUACGUCGCGCGCGACUACGAGUACGCACAAGACAUGCUGCCGUUCCGGCUGUACCUGCGCACGUACGACGUGCCGCAGCGCUCGUGCCCCUGCCUCACCGCCUUCGAGACGGAGAACCUAAUAGACGAGCAGUCUGAAGCAACCACCUUCGAGGAGGAGAUGGACGUGGGCUUAGAGGUGUACCUGGCGCCCGACUACGGGCCACAGGACGACGAGCACUACGUGGUGACGCCGGAGGAGCGCACGCUGGCGCCGGGCGAGGGCGCGGAGUGGCGCGUGGCGCUGCAGCCGCCGCCGCACGCCGACCCCGCGCCCGACGCCAGCCUGCUGCUGCGGAUGGUGCCGCUCCACGCACGCGGGAGUGGCUGGUUCCGGCCCGAGCCGCUGCCGCAGGUGGUGCGCCUGCAGCAGACAGAGCGCCGCGGCCGGCUCAAGGUGUCCUGCCGCGAACAGCGCGUGAAGCUGUGCGCGCUCGACCUGCCCUACGGUGACGUUCUAAGGAUCCGUAAACGAUUCUACGUGCUAAAUGUCGGUAACGGUCCUCUGGAGCUGGGCGUUGAAACGUCAGAUCCGUGGUGCGUAAUCAUUGAGCUCGAGGGUAAAGAAGCGAUUAAUGCGGUGAAUGAAGGCGCGGUCGGGUCGCGGGAGGUGCACAGGAGCCGCGGCGGCGCGAACUGCGGCGGCGCCGACGGAUGCUUGUGCGGCGAGCGCCUCACGGUGCGGGACCGCCACUGCCCGCUGCACCUGGAACCUCGGAGCUGUGUCGAGAUGUGCGUGGAGGUGCUGGUGUCCACGGAGGAGACUUGGCCGCUGGGCGCGGCCGCGUCGGCAGGCCCCUGCCAGGCACCGCAAUACCCGCUGCGUCGCGUCACCACCACGGCGCUGCGCCUCUAUGACGAAGACAAUAUACUUGCGAGCGUGCCGCUCGUGCUGGACGUGGAGUACCCGGCGCUGCUGGUGGAGCCCGACGCGCUCGACUUCGGCUUCGUCACGGACGGUGACUCGCGCAAGAGCUACUUUAGCGUCAAGCACACCAGCCGAACGGUGACGCUAGACGUGGUGACGGAGUGGGUGGGCGCGCCCGAGUUCCAGGUAUGGCCGCAUUUCCUGCGCAUCGCGCCCGGCUGUAGCGAGCGUGUCUACCUGCAGUACACGGCCAUGUGGCGCAGCGCGCCCGCCGAGGGCUGUGCGUGCGUGUGGGUGUGCUGCGGCGCGGGGUGCGGCGGGGGCGCGGGUGUCGGCGGGGGCGGCAGAGGCGCGGGGGGCGGCGGGGGCGCGGGCUGGUGCCGCGCCGCCGUGCCCGUGCGCGCCGUGCCCGCGCGCGACUACAAGUGCCGCGCGCCGCGACACGACCACACCGACGACCCGCAUCUGCUGCCGCCCGACAUGAUGGACCACACUCUACAACUUACUUGA